AUGGCUGGCAGAUUCUGGCUGGCAGCCAGCACCCUGGCCAUGAUCCUGGGCAUGGCAGUAACUCAGGAGAACGUGUGCCAAGCACCGCCCGGCAAAGACGGCUACCCUGGAAUACCGGGCCUCAGCGGGAGGCCAGGGCAGAAAGGCGACACAGGCGAGCCAGGGUUACCGGGAAGAAGGUCGGGGAUCCGGGGACCCAAAGGGGAUGAAGGGGAACCUGGACCUCCUGGCAUGCCUGGGAACCAGGGCUACAGGGGGCCAAAUGGUCCCCCCGGGCUCCCAGGGCAGCCGGGACAGAAGGGAGCCAAAGGCCAGGCUGGCAAUAUCAAGGAUCAGCACCGGCCCGCCUUCUCGGCCUCCAGGAAGAACCCCCCCGCCAGAGGGAACGUUGUGGUCUUUAACAACCUCAUCACCAACCAGGACAGCGGCUACAACGCCGAGACGGGCCGGUUCACCUGCCAGGUGCCCGGCGUCUACUACUUCGUCUUCCAGGUGAUCUCCAGCGGGAACCUCUGCCUCAGCCUCGUCCGCAACGAGACAAAGGAGUUGGGCGUCUGCGACAGCAACAGCCGCGGCAUCCUGCAGGUGAACUCGGGGAGCGGCGUGCUCCAGCUGGCCACAUACGACCAGGUCUGGCUCGAGAGCGACCCCCGCCAAGGCAACAGGGUGUACGACGGCACCGAGGCCGACAGCGUCUUCAGUGGCUUCCUGCUCUUCCCUGAGACUCAGUGA